AUGGACACGGCUGGUUUCCUGGUGCUGCUGCUGAGUUCUUCUUUUCUCUUUGAGGGGAAUUGUUUGGAUGAUUCUGGACAAAAGUCUGAGUCUUCUGAGCUCUGUCCGUCUGACAUAGACUCAGUGUUGAGACAGAUGAGCGCUGCGCUGUCUGCACAGCAGGUGGAGAUCAGACAUCUGCAGGAGGAAAACAAACAUCUGCAGGAGGAAAACCAGGGGAACAAAGUGGAGAUCAACCAUCUGCAGGAGGAAACCCAGGCCACGAGGACAGUGGUGGACUCCCUCCAAACAGAAGUGGACUCCCUCCAAAACAACGACAAAGGUUUGUUGAUAUUAAGUGUUGUUCAGACCUAG